AUGAAUUCAUUUUCCUUUUCUUUACAAGAGAUGCCAUCGUCAGUCAUGCCGAGUAGUAUAACAGCGGACGAGUUUGACGGAGUUCUGCAAGACGUGGAGAUUCCUUUGGAUACACUGGUGAGAAAUUUCGAGAGGCGAACUGCAUUGUUCUCGGCUAUCCAGAAUGAUGCUAAGAAAGUCAGUUCCCGUAUUCAAAACCUUCCGAAAAGGGUAGCAGAUCCCAUUAAUUCAACGCGUGAAGUCAUAGCCGCUCGCAAACUCCAAGUUGAUGAUGUGAAGGAAGAAAUUUUCGCACUGGAGAAUCACAAGAACAACGUACUUGACGGUAUUCGGCAAUACACGGCUAAAAUACAGAAACUUCGGGAAAGAGAAAGUCUAAUGAGAAUUGUUAUCGCCGAUCACGAGCAAAAUAUGGCUUUGAU